CCCCUUCCAAUCUUCCCAAAGCCCUAAUUCCCCAAUCCCUAAUUUCCCUCCCAUCUUCUUCACCUCAAAUCCGACCUCCGAGGGGAGACAAGGGACAACAAUGGCGGCAAGGGAGCCUGACCCCAACCUUGGCUUCCUCACCAAGAGGGACACAGAGGUCAAGCUUCCCCGUCCCACGCGGGUGAAGAACAAGACGCCGGCGCCCAUCCAGAUCACCGCCGAGCAGAUCCUCCGGGAGGCUCGCGAGCGCCAGGAACCCGACAUACGGCCGCCCAAGCAGAAGAUCACUGACCAUACAGAGCUCUCCGACUACCGCCUCCGCCGCCGCAAGGAGUUUGAGGACCUCAUCCGUCGCGUCCGCUGGAAUACCUCCGUCUGGGUCAGGGUAUGCUCAUGGGAGGAAACGCAGGACUUGGCCCGCGCUCGCUCCGUCUGGGGAGCGUGCCCUUGAGUCGAUUAUCGAAAUCACACCCUCUGGCUCAAGUAUGCGGAGUUUGAGAUGAGGAAUCGCUGCGUCAACCACGCACGCAAUGUCUGGGAUCGCGCCGUCGCUCUCCUUCCCCGCGUUGAUCAACUAUGGUACAAGUAUAUACAUAUGGAGGAGAUGCUCCGGAACAUUGCUGGUGCCCGCCAGGUGUUCGAGCGAUGGAUGGACUGGCAGCCUGACAUGCAAGGGUGGCUCUCCUACAUCAAGUUUGAGCUCCGGUAUGGUGAGGCUGCCCGCGCUCGUGCCAUCUAUGAGCGUUUGGUUGCUUGCCAUCCCCUUGUCACUGCGUGGAUUAGGUAUGCAAAGUUUGAGAUGAAGAAUGGCGAGGUUGCGCGCGCCCGCGCUGUAUAUGAGCGCGCUACAGAACUUCUGGCUGAAGAUGAGGAGGCCGAGCAGCUCUUUGUUGCAUUUGCGGAGUUUGAGGAACGGUGCAAGGAGACGGAGAGAGCGAGAUGCAUCUACAAGUUUGCUCUGGAUCAUAUACCGAAGGGGAGGGCUGAAGACUUGUACCGAAAGUUUGUGGCUUUUGAGAAGCAGUAUGGUGACAGGGAAGGGAUUGAGGAUGCUAUUGUAGGGAAGAGGAGAUUUCAGUAUGAAGAAGAGGUGAAGAAGAAUCCUUUGAAUUAUGACUCAUGGUUUGAUUACAUACGGUUGGAAGAGAAUGUUGGGAACAAGGAUAUGAUCAGGGAGGUAUAUGAAAGAGCCAUUGCUAAUGUGCCACCGGCGGAAGAGAAGAGGUACUGGCAGAGGUACAUCUAUUUAUGGAUUAACUAUGCAUUGUAUGAAGAGCUUGAUGCAAAGGAUAUGGACCGAACAAGAGAUGUCUACCGAGAAUGCCUUAAGUUAAUCCCUCAUAAGAAGUUCUCGUUUGCAAAAAUAUGGCUUCUAGCAGCACAGUUUGAGAUUAGGCAAAAAAAUCUUAAGGCUGCAAGGCAAAUUCUGGGAAAUGCAAUUGGAAUGGCUCCAAAAGAUAAGAUAUUCAAAAAGUAUAUUGAGAUUGAAUUACAACUUGGCAACAUUGAUCGGUGCAGAACACUGUAUGGGAAAUAUCUUGAUUGGUCUCCUGCUAACUGUUAUGCUUGGAGCAAGUUUGCAGAGUUGGAAAGGUCUCUCAGUGAGACAGAACGUGCUAGAGCGAUUUUUGAACUUGCAAUAGCUCAACCUGCAUUGGACAGGCCAGAACUCUUGUGGAAGGCAUACAUUGACUUUGAAAUAUCAGAGGGUGAAUUGGAAAGAACUCGGCAACUCUAUGAGAGGCUUCUUGAUCGAACAAAGCAUUUGAAGGUAUGGGUUAGUUAUGCACAGUUUGAGGCAUCUGCUGGCGCCGAAGAGGAACAGGACACAGAUGCACAGAUAAAGGUUGAGGAAGACUCUUUAAACGAACAACAGAUGACAGAAUGCAUCCAAAGAUGCCGAGGUGUUUUCGAGAGGGCUUUCGAUCAUUUUAGAACAGCUGCACCCGAAUUAAAAGAAGAGAGGGCAAUGCUCUUGGAAGAGUGGCUUAAUAUGGAGGCCAAGUUUGGAAAUCUAGGCGAUGUUAGUCUGGUGCAGAAGAAGCUACCAAGGAAGGUAAAGAGGAAGAGAGCAAUUGCAUCAGAAGAUGGUGUUCCUGCAGGGUACGAGGAGUACUUCGACUAUAUCUUCCCAGAUGAGGUGGCGAUGGCUCCUAACCUGAAGAUAUUGGAAGCUGCUUAUCAAUGGAAGAAACUCAAGGCAGGCUCUGAUGAUGACUGAGAAACAAAAUUAAAAACAGGCGCCAUUCAAGAAACAAGAUUAAAGAAAAAAAAAAAAUUGAAGUUCUAUGUUUGUAUCUUAUCUUUGGUAUGAAUUAAUCUGUAAAUUAGAGCUUUGAUGUUAACUCACACGUUUCAUAUUUUUUGCAUUUGUAUUUGCAAAACUGGGCUUGAGCCCUCUAAUUUUGUGGCAUUCAAACUGGGUUUUGUUUUCA